AUGGUUGAAGUGGGAGAUAAUGAUAUCCGAUUCCACAACUAUGUGAAAGACAUUCGCCUGAAUCCGGAUAAAUGGUCAGAGGAUUGGCAUAAAUAUCCGGGUAUUCCCUAUACUUUCUUUGUGGAGGAUUGGGCCAUACCGUUGGGCAAUGAGCUCCAGGAGAUGACUGUCAACUACUGGCAAUACUCCAUCCAUUUGUCCAUCGCUUACAUUAUUGUCAUUUUUGGUACCAAAUAUUUAAUGAGUUUUCGUAACAAUGGUUACGAUUUACGCAAAUAUCUGAGCGCUUGGAAUAUAUUUCUCUCCAUCUUCUCGAUCGUUGGUGUCGUCCGAUGUCUACCAGAAUUUGUUCACAUUUUAUAUACAAAAGGCUUCACCGCAUCCUUUUGUGACGCUUCCUAUUAUGAG